GAACUGAAAUUCUGAGCAAGUCAGUUCGAAUUAUCUUCUCCACGUUAGGAGUCUGCACAUUUUUUGCAAUCGGCUACAUGGUGCUGCCUCUGUUUGCAUACUUCAUCCGAGACUGGCAGAUGCUGCUGCUGGCACUGACACUUCCUGGGGUGCUGUGUGUCCCCCUGUGGUGGUUUAUUCCCGAAUCUCCCCGGUGGCUGAUAUCCCAGAGGAGAUUUGAAGAGGCAGAACAGAUCAUCCAGAAAGCCGCAAAGAUGAACAGCAUCGUGGCGCCCACAGUGAUAUUCGAUCCUCUGGAGCUACAGGAGCUAAAUUCCUUGAAGCAGCAGAAAGUCUUCAUUCUGGACCUGUUCAAGACUCGGAACAUUGCCACAAUAACAGUGAUGUCUGUGAUGCUGUGGAUGCUAACCUCAGUGGGUUACUUUGCUCUGUCUCUCAAUGUUCCUAAUUUACAUGGCGAUAUCUACCUGAACUGCUUCCUCUCUGGCCUGAUUGAAGUUCCAGCUUACUUCACAGCCUGGCUGCUGCUGAGAAAGCUGCCUCGGAGAUACAUCAUAGCCGGGGUGCUGUUCUGGGGAGGAGGUGUGCUUCUCUUGGUCCAAGUGGUACCUGAAGAUUAUAGCUUCGUGUCCAUUGGCCUGGUGAUGCUGGGGAAAUUUGGGGUCACCUCUGCCUUCUCCAUGCUGUAUGUCUUCACUGCAGAGCUCUACCCAACCCUGGUCAGGAACAUGGCCGUGGGCACCACCUCCAUGGCUUCCAGGGUGGGCAGCAUCAUCGCUCCCUACUUUGUUUACCUGGGUGCCUAUAACAGACUCCUGCCCUACAUUGUCAUGGGCAGUCUGACUGUCCUGAUUGGAAUCAUCACGCUUUUUUUCCCUGAAAGUUUUGGAGUGGCUCUACCAGAGAACUUGGAGCAGAUGCAGAAAGUGAGAGGGUUCAGAUGUGGGAAAAAAUCAACAGCCUCUGUGGACAAAGAAGAAAACCCCAAAGUUCUAGUCACUGCAUUCUAAUAAGGGUUCCUUGGCACUUAGCCAAUUGGAAAUCAGAUGUGUCUGAUGAACUGGGAAUGAUGGAACAUGCCUAUAAUCCCAGCACUCUAGCGGGAGAGCCAGGAGGAUCAGGAAUUCAAGGUCAUCCUUGGCUACAUCAGAAGUGCAAGACCAGCCUGGACCCCAUGCAGCCCUGUCUCAACAAAACAAACAAACAAAAACAAAAACAAAAAAAAAAACCCUUUGCUGCUGAAAGGGACUGUUAGAAGCAGUGGGCAAUAAACUGGACUUGUGGAGAAAUGCAGGUUGUCUUCUAAACUCUGGGCCACUCUUCCAGAUAAUCUUCUUGUUUUUAAGAACAAACAUUACUAAACUGUCUGGACAACUAACCAGUCAAAGAAAUAAAUUUGUAAGAUUUUUCUUGAAAAUGUGUUAGUCAAGGACUGGCAAAAUCCAUAUGAAGACUAACACGCGUUUCCAAAAUGCUACCCAAAUAAAACUGAUUGCAAUAUCACAAUUAUUAGAUGA